UAAGUCUUGAAGUCAAUACGGUAAUUUGUUAAGCACUGUGCAGUUGCAGGCUGUGCAUGUGACGUUUUGCGAUAGAAAGUUUUAUAAGCAAUUUGCCCACAAUCAAAUCCCAGUGGUUGACUUUAGACCCGCCCACUUAAACAAGGCCUUUGCAUCAUACAGUUGAAACUAUUAUUACAACGUGUAGUUAGUGUUUUUAAAGUGCGGUACCUGUACUGUUUAUAGGUUAACCUAGUACAUGAAGUAUAUUAAACCAGUCUACUGUACGAUUAGAAGUCAACCUCGUACUAAUACGAUCCCCCAGUUGUUCGAAUCCUCUUUCCGCGUUUUGCCGGGGGUGACUAAAGAAGAGUGGUAACCAUAGACGUGUCUGUGGUGGUAACGACGUGGUUAAUUGCUGCACACACACAUGCGAUUUUAGAUAUAACAACAACCCCGAGUAGUUAAAGUUGUACUGUACCCAGUUAAAGUUCAACAAAAUAACCGUAACCAACCGAUAUUUCAUUAAACACUGCACCAAAGAAGGCAAUAACCCUGGCUUGAAAGAUGGCACGGGUUUCGUUUUCAUUGCAGAAAUGUGUACUGCGUUUGUGUCGUUUUAUCGUUUUGACCGAGGUGAUUUUCUCAAUCGUGGCUGUUGAUGAUGCCACGUCGACGGGGUCACGCAACGCGAUAGACGGCCAAAGGAAACGACGAAAUGCCGCUGAGCGUGACGAGAACACCGUUGCACUUCUAAGUUCGGAGUUUUUCAUCGAGGAAAUUGUCAACACUUUUGGUUUAAAUGGAAAAAUUAAUCAGGAGCAAUUGCAGGUUUUGCUACAACGAGUCGGCGCUGAGUGCUAUACGUCAUCAGAACUGUUGAGCAUUCAUUCCUCCAGUGAGGAGCAAUUACUGAAUGAUACAGUAGACGUUAUAAAGGCCAUAUGUCCAGCUAUAAUGUACCAGGCUUCAACUGAUGAGUGUGUAGCUUUAGAUGAUACAGGGCCUGCUAAAGAUAGAGGACCUCCAACUACUGCACAAGUAUGGGGUUUUGGAGUCCUCUUUGUAACAAUCAUAAACGCCAGUGCACUGAUGGGAGCUUGCAUCAUUCCCUGCAUGAAUAAGAAGAUGUAUAAGAUGGUACUGAACUACCUCAUUGGAUUGGCUGUUGGAACAUUGAGUGGUAAUGCACUGCUUAGUCUAAUACCAGAGACACAUGGAAUGCUAGUCAGUACACAUGGACUGAACUUUGUCUGGAGGAAUACCACAAUCCUUGGUGGUAUUUAUCUCUUUUUCUUCGUUGAGCGAGUUCUUAAAAUGAUCUCACUGAGAAAGGAGUCUAAACACAAGCAGAAGCAUUUGCAAGCUGACGACACAAUGCAUGUGACUGCUAUGCAUGAUUUAGAACCUCGUCAUGAUAUGUAUAAGAUCACAUCUGGAGACAGUGCGCUGGGUAUUAAUAAUGGCAUCAUCAACUCGGAUAACGGCUUAGAGGCUACUGCUACAAAUCAGGAGGUUUUUUUACAGUUAAAUGGUGAUAAACCAGGGUACCAACGUAUGAUAAAAACACAGAAUGCUGACCAACAAAACACACAGAAUGGAACAUCUAAGCCCCAACAUGAAGACGUACAUUCUCAUCUACCGAUGACAACAAAGUCAGGAAAGAUUCGCAUAGCAUCAGUGGCUUACAUGAUUAUAUUCGGUGAUGGUCUUCAUAACUUUGUGGAUGGAUUAGCGAUCGGAGUGUCAUUUUCUACGUCAGUCUUCCAGGGAAUCUCGACUUCCAUUGCUGUCAUUUGUGAAGAAUUCCCUCAUGAAUUAGGGGACUUUGCAAUUCUAAUCAAGUCUGGCAUGACAGUGAAGCAAGCUUUGACAUUCAACUUCCUAUCAGCGCUUACGUGUUAUGCGGGGCUGGUUGUUGGCAUUCUAGUUGGACAGCUGACGUCUGCUGAGCCGUAUAUAUUCGCUCUGGCCGCUGGAAUGUUUCUAUAUAUCUCUUUGGUUGAUAUGUUACCAGAGCUCAACGCCACCACGGAUCAAAAAGAGUUCAACUUACGGAGUUCCUUGAAAACAUUUGCAAUCCAGAAUGCUGGUCUGCUGAGUGGGUAUGGCAUUAUGAUUCUACUUACUGUUUAUGGAGAACAUAUACAGAUCUUAUAAUGAGUGUACAAACGGAACCAGAGGAUGGUGAGGCAAAACUGCUGCAAGACAACAAGUCUUUGAAAGGAAGGAGCAAUAAUGGAAAGUGUAUUUUAAUCCAGAUCAUUAUAAUGGGUCACAAAAGCUUUAAUCGUGCAAAUCUUAGUCAAUUGAGUGGAAGAAGUUCUUGUUACCUUAUAUUAUGACGUGUUUGUUGCCCAAAUUCUGCCCUUGGGUGAUGGAGAAAAGUAACAGGUUUAUAACUUUAUAUUGAGGUUGAUGUGGUUUUGAAUCUAUUGUUGAUGUGUCACCUUUAUCUAUUGUAGAUGUUUCUCCUUAAUUAAUUCUGCACAAUAAAUAUUUACCUCAUGAAUUACAAAAUGUUGUGUACAUGUAGGUAAAAUAAAUAGUAUGUCUCAUUGAUAAUGCAGCAUCAAACUAGUUAACUAUUCCUGGAAAUGUUGAAGACUAGUUUUAUAAAUUUUUGUUAUUUAGUUAUGAGACCCAUUAAUACAAAACCCUACAGGGGUUUUCUUGAGCACUCAGUCCCUUUCUUGUGUGAGGUCCCAAACACAUGUAACGCGCCAGCAGUCACAUUAGACAAGUGCGCCCCCCAUUGUCAAAAUGUAUAGUUAAAAUUGCAGCAGCGAUCAACAGGUUUAGGGCCCGGAAUACAAUUAGUUUCUCUGGUGAUGGCACAGGAUUGGGACUGUCAACCGUGCAUUUGAAUACCACCGCAAAUCUCUUCACAUAAUGAUUUCAAAUUAAGUGGAUUCUUUGUUGCUUUACAUCCUAACUGAGGAACGAAGCAAUGAUGGUUUAAAGGAACACGUUGCCUUGGAUCGGACGGUUGGGUCUUUGAAAAAGCGUUUUUGUAACCAUUUGUUAUAAAA